GCCGAGAGGAAGUGUUGGAAGUCCGGAGUUCUUCCUGGAAUUUGCUCGGCGCUGUCCUGAGGGCUCAUCUGCCCGGUUUCGGGAACCGCGGAUCCUGCCACUCGCCGAUCACCCUGGAGCUGCUAAAGGAUGUCCACCUGGGUCUGGCCCCGCCGUGUCGCGGCCCUGCUCGCCUGGCGGUCCUUUCGGGCCACUAUCUCUACUAUCACUACGGUUGCGACGGGCUGGACGACCGGGGCUGGGGCUGCGGCUACCGCACUUUGCAGACACUGUGCUCAUGGCCAGAGGGCCAGCCCACGGGCGUGCCUGGAUUGGUCUCAGUGCAGGCGGCCCUGGAGGACAUGGGUGACAAACCCCCCGGCUUCCGGGGUUCCCGCAACUGGAUUGGUUGUGUAGAGGCCAGUCUCUGCCUCGCUCACUUUGGAGGGCCCCAAGGGCGCCUGUGCCACGUGCCCCGUGGGUUGGGACUUUGGGGUGAACUGGAGAGGUUCUACUCUCACUUCUCAGAGGGUGGGGGCCCUGUGAUGGUGGGAGGGGAUGCAGACGCCCAAUCGAAGGCUUUGCUGGGAGUCUGCAUAGGGCCAGGCAUGGAAGCCUAUGUCCUGGUAUUGGACCCUCAUUACUGGGGCACUCCAAAAAGUCCCAGUGAACUCCAGACUGCUGGGUGGGUGGGCUGGCGGGAGGUAAGCACAGCCUUUGACCCCAACUCCUUCUACAACCUGUGCUUGACCAGCUGUAACUCCGAAAAGCAGCAGCAUGCUCUGGACUGAGUGGAGGAUAAGGUCCCAUAACUGAAAAUUGCUCUCUGGUCCCAUACAUGUGCACCUGCUUACCUCAAAGGCAUCUCAGCAGAGCCUGGGGCCUUUGGCAUCAAUAAUAAA